GUUUUUGAAACUGCUCAAAUGUGAUAUUGUGAUAUAGUGACAGUAUUCAAAACUGUGUAACUUUAGACGCAAUACUAAUAUAUUUAAUAUAGUUUUGUCAGAACUUGUACAGUGCAGUUGGGUGUUACAGGAAUCGUGCCCCCUUCAGAAAUGGCAAUGGACAGUUUCAUUUACCACCGUGUCUGCGGGUACGCAGCCACAUUGGCCAUCCUCCUGGGCAAUACAGUGUACCUGGACGCAAGCCUGCGACGCACCAUGGCGAUAUACCCCGACUUGAAGAUCUACACACACUUGGAACCCCGCUACCUUACUGUUUGGAACGCGAUAUUCCAAAUCGUGAAUGCCAGUAUCGGCCUGUACAUAGAUCUGAGGACGCUACAGGGCAGAAGUGACAUGGUGCCGAAGCAGUUGACCAAGUUUAAACACACAUUCUUCAAUGCAAUCGUAUUCCCUUACACUGUGUUGGUAUUCACACUGUUCUGGCCAAUAUUCCUUUACGACCGAAACCUGGUGUUUCCCACAAGAGCCGACCUAUUCGUCCCCAAGAUAUCCAACUACAUCAUGCACGGGUUUAUUCUCUUUGUAGCCCUUUGGGACCUGGUCUUCCAGGAAUGGAACUUCGUCUCGUCUCAUAGGAAAAACUGCUUGUAUAUAUUUGGCAUGUACUGCGCUUAUAAUUCUGUGUUGUUCUUCACAAAGUACGGUGAUAUAGGCCUCUGGCCGUACCAAAUCCUGACAGUGCUGGAGGGCAGCAUAUUUUUCCCCCUCUUCUUCUUGCACAUAUUCAUCACUUUAUACGUCAGCUACUUCCUCCAGUGGAGAAUAAAAAACGGCUUCGCAGCGCUGACGGAAAAAUUAAGUCUGAAAAAAAUAUAGAAUCAUGAAAGAAAA